AUGGAGCUCCAAGGACGUGAUCGGUAUGCUACAGCAGUAGUAAUCAUUUGGGAGAAGCUUCCGUAUUAUCAAUGUUCGCAGUUUCUGUGCUUGCGACUGGUGGACACUGAUCGGUUUAACAGACAUUCGGAGCUACGUGCUCCUGACCAGACACGAUUGCGGCGUUCAUCACUGGCACAGCAAGACUAUACGUGUCGUCCAUUAUGUCUUGGUGACCACGUCACGGUUCACCCUCCCACGGUGUCA